AUGAUUAAAAGUAUAAUAGUCUUAUUUAUUUUCAAAUUAAUUUAAGUUUAUUCAGCUAUUACUCCUGGCGCUAAUGUAAAUUGUAAUAAUGACGCUACAUGUUCUAGCUGCUCUGCAGUAUCAGCACCAUUUUAAUGGUCUCCUUCUAGUGGAUUAUGCAGAAUAUCAGAUUGUGCUGCAGGAAAUAUUCCUACAACUGGUUUAUCAGAUUUAUUUUGCACAAGCUGUGCUGCUCUCACUAAUGGAAGUUAUGCAAAUUUAGCUGGUAGUUUAUGUAUUAAUACUCCUUCUUCAUGUUCUAAUUUCUCAGGAACUUGGACUGAUGCGUAGUGCCAAUUAUGUUCUUCUACAUAUUAUGCUAAUUUUUAAGGAACAAAAUGUGUGGCUAUUAGUUAAUCUUGUACCUCAUCAAGUAAUAUGACUGAUCAAAUUUGUAAUCUUUGUUAUGGAGGCGUAGGAAAAAUAUAUGCCUCUUAUGAUUAAACAAAAUGUGUGAACUCCUCUUAAUCUUGUUUUUCAAAUUCUGGAUUGAAAGAUAGCGAUUGUUAAAUAUGCAAUAAAACAAGUAGCUCUUAUGCUUCUUCUGAUUUAACAAAAUGUGUAAGCUCCAGUUAACCUUGUAAUUCAGUUUCAGGAUGGACCGAUUCUGAUUGUAAUUUAUGUUCUCCAAGCACAUUUGCAAAUGCAGCAAAAACUAAAUGCGUUAGUUCAUCUUAAUCUUGUAUUUCGGUAUCAGGAUGGACCGAUAGUGACUGUUAAGUAUGUUAUUCAUCUACAUAUUUUGCAUCGGGAGAUGGUAGUUCAUGCGUUUAAUCAGGUGUCUCUUGCAGUUCGAGUUCUGGUUGGACUGAUUCUGCUUGUGGAAAAUGCUAUUCUGGUACAAAAAAAAUAUAUGCUUCUAAAGAUGGUACUAGUUGUGUAGCUUCUUCGAUAAGCUGUAAUUCUAAUUCAGGCUGGACUGAUAAUGAUUGCGCUUUGUGUAACCCUUCUUCAUCUUUUGCAGCUAUUGGAGGAAGUAAAUGUGUUUCCUCCUCAUAAUCUUGUAGUUCUAACUCAGGUUGGAGUGACUAAGAUUGUUUGUUAUGCUCCCCUUCUAGCCCUUUUUCAAAUAUCGACGGAACAAAAUGUGUACCUUCUACUAUUUCAUGCACCUCUGGAUCUGGAUGGGACGACAAAAAUUGCAGUUUAUGCAACCCAUCUACUCCAUAUGCUACUGCUGAUAAAACAAAUUGUGUAAAUUCUACUAUUUCUUGUAAUUCUAAUUCUGGCUGGACAGAUUAAAACUGUGAUUUAUGUUAUCCCUCUUAACCUUAUGCAACUGCAAAUGGAAGUAGUUGUGUUGCAUCUUCCUAAUCAUGUAGCUCAACGUCUAACUGGAGUGAUGCUGAUUGUAUAUUAUGCACCCCUAAUAAACCUUAUGCUUCUGGAGAUGCAAAUAGUUGUGUAGCAGCUUCUUAAUCAUGUAAUUCUAUCUCUGGAUGGACUGAUGCAAAUUGUAAAUUAUGUACUCCUUCUUAGCCUUUUGAAACUACUGAUGGUACUGCUUGCGUUGAUUCAAGCUAAUCUUGUAAUGCAAAAUCUAAUUGGACUGAUAAAGACUGUGCUUUAUGCAGCCCGUCUACUCCAUAUGCAAAUUCAAAAUAAACAGGUUGUGUAGAUCCUUCAAUUUAAUGUAUAGGCAGGGAUCCUAACCAAGCUGCCUAAGUAUGGACAGAUAGUGAUUGCGCUGCCUGUUACUAAACUGGCUAUAGGGCUUAGUCUGAUGGUUCUUCUUGCGUUAAUUGUAGUGCCACUUCAGGUAUGACUAAUGCUGCUUGUGGACUUUGUUACGGAACAGAUGAUGGGGAUAAUUAAUAUGCAAAUGCUUAAGGCGCCUGUGUUUCUGUAGAUUGUACUUAAAAAAGUGGAUGGGUUGAUUAAGAUUGUUCUACUUGUAACUCAGCUACUCCAUAUGCCUCGAAUGAUGGUAGUUCAUGUUAUGCAACAACUAAUUCAAAAAUACUUACUUUCUCAUUAAUAUUCUUAUAUUACUUACUAAUUUGA